UUAGAUUUAUUCUUAUUUGACUUUGAAAAUCCAAGAACAGAUAUUUCUAUUUAUUUAUUUAUUUUUGGCUUUGUUUAGCAAAAUUUGGAUUCUAUGGGUAAUUGUGUUUCUACAUUUUCUCAUGGUAUUUAUUGUGUAUUGAAUUUUACUUUUGAUCUUCUCUAUUUGGGAUCUUUUUUCUGCUUCAUUUACUCUAGUAAGUGAAAAAGAUGGGAACUUUGUUGCUUAUAAAGUGAUUUGUUUUGGGUAAAGGUUUGAACUUUAAAUUGCAUGAGUAAAGAUUGAGACUUUAUUAGAAGAAAGACCUAUACUAGUUAUUAUAAUCCAAUUUAGGUGUUAUUACAAGAUUGGUUGUUUGUGUUUGUUAGUAUAUUAUGAUAAUUAGAGAGUCGGGGAUUUUCGUGCUGCUUAGAGAUGAAUUUCUAGAUUAGUUGCAAUCGCGAUUAUUGUCCGUUGUCUUGUUUGCUUCCUCUUGUAUCCUUGUGCAUUAUAUUGUGGUUUUAGUUGAUGAUAGACCAGACGAGUUGGUUCCUCGAUACUGUAUGUUAUAAGGAGCAAUUAAUUUUUAUGUUUUGAAACGGUGCGUGUGAACACAGCUUUAACAAAACAGUAAUUGAAAAUGUCCAUGGAACUAUCGUGUGUUGUUGAAAGUGUGCUCUGGGAGAAAUUAGGAUUUUUGUGAUGCUUACUGACGAAUUUCUAGAUUAAUUGCAAUCUCGAUUACUGUCUGUUGUCUUGUUUGUUUCCUCUUGUGUCAUUGGCCACAACAUUGUGGUUCUAACUAAUGAUGGACAAGACGAGUUGGUUUCUCAUUUUCCUAUGCUAUAGGGAGUAAUUAAUUUGAAGUCUUGAAACCGGUGUGUGUGAACGCAACUUUAACAAAACAGUAAUUGAAAUGUCCAUAAAAGUCUUGUGUGUUGUUGAAAGUAUGCUCUGGGAGACAAAAAAGUUAGGAUGUUUUCCACAUGUUGUUCGUAUGAUUCGUGCGGAGUGUGUGCAGUACUUAGGCUGCUUUGGUGCAAUUUGUCAUCAUGAGGCGAGGUUUCUUAGAAUAUUUUUAACAGGUAUAUUUGGAAUUGUUUUACUUGGUAGAAUCACAUUUAUCUUUUCGAUGCUGACUACAUGUUUCUGUAUCCACGAAUUUUCGCACGUUAAGCUUAGGAAAGAGUACAAAAAAGAAGUCCGCACGUUCACAAGUUGCGUGCAUAGUCUUCUACUCCUGGAGAUAAUCGUGUAUGUGCUAAUCCGGCGUCAUUAAUUUGUUAUCUAUACAACCAAUUACAUAGAAAUGUUAGCAAAACAUUAAUUGCUGAUUUAUGUAAAGGAAAAGUCAUCAGAGUUAAGCUUUUGAAAAUAUAAUUGAAGCAGGAUAGUUUUUUCCAUUUCCUUUCUUGGUUAAAAAAGCCCCCGAAAGAGUCUUCUACAGGACAAUAUUACGUAAUUGGAGAGUUUUGGAUUUUGGUGCUCCUUAGAGACAAAUUUCCAAACUGCAAUCUUGACCGGUGUCUGUUGUCUUGUUUGUUUCCUCUUGUAUCCUUGGACACUAUAUUGUGGUUCAAAUUAAUGACGGCAAGACCAGUUGGUUCCUUGUUACUGAAUGCUAUUAUAAGGAGCAAUUAGUUUUAAGUCUUGAAACUGGUGUGUGAACAUAGCUUUAACAAAUGAGUAAUUGGAAAACUAUGUGCAAGUCUCAUAUAUUGGAUUUUCUAAGUUUUCUCUCGGAGAAAAAAAAACUAGGACUCUUUGUCCUUGUUGCCAAUGAGUAUCGUGCAGAAUGCGUGCAAUAAUUGAGCUGCUUGCGUGCAAUAUUUGUGUUACUUUUGUGCAAUUUGUCCUUUGCGUGCAACAAUUGUGUUUCUUUUGUGCAAUUUGUCCUUUGAAAAUCAUAAAGGCGAGGUUUCUAAGAAUAUUUUUGGCAGGUUUAUUGGGAAUUAUUUACUUGGUAGAAACACAUACAUUUAUCUUUCGAUGCAGACUACAUGCUCCAGUAUCCAAGAGUUGUCCCAUUUUGAACUCGACGCAACAGAAGUACAUUAACUAAUUAAUCAAGAAAGGAAUAGUUCAUUAACUAUCAUUUUCCAUUGUGAUAUAUCUCUAAAGGUUGUUGUCAUGUGUGGGACUUUAAAUAGAGAAAGUUAUCUUACAUCUUGUGAGUCCAUUUCUCCGUUUUCCUCUAAAAUUCUUCAACGCGUUCUGAUGUUCUUAUUUCUGUUUUAGGGUAUAACCAUGGGCCUGUCAAUGAAGAUAUCCUCUAGUUGACAAAAAUAAUCUGUCUUUUAAGGAAAUUAGGGGUUCUCUAAAAUUAGAGAAUCUCUAAUUCUCAUACUUACCCCCCUACACGAACAUACAAGUCUCAACGCAUAACUAAAAGACUCUUGAGGAACACUGAACUUUAUGAAUUUGAAAUGCCGUUGGUGUUUGCUGUAAUGUGUUGGGAUCAUAUGUUCGUAUAUAUAUGCGUAGGAAUGGGAACACAAGUGCACUAUAAAGGAUUCUUACCAAGCUAUUACUCUAUGAGAGACCUUAAUGAGGAUGCUAACAGCAGCAGUUGGCCCCUAUGUUAUGGAGAUAAGACCUUAACAAACGGGCAAUAUUGUAAUGGUUUCACGUCGAGGACUGUAACUGACGCAUAUCCAGGGUAUGAUAAGGACAUUCUAAAGCAGAAAAUGAUUGAACACGAGGCCAUAUUCAGGAAUCAGGUGGUGGAACUUCAUCGCCUUUACAGAACUCAAAGGGACAUGAUGGACGAUUUCAAAAGGAAGGAAAUGCAUAAAUAUCGUUCAUCAAUGGAGCCAUCAUGUUCAUCCACUCACCUAGGAUCUCAAGUACCAUCUGAGGAUGUCCGGAAAUGGCACAUCGCGAACUUUCCCUUGGAAAAUUCUAGCUAUACUAGACCAUCUACAUCUGGUACUGAAAUUGUUAAUUCUCCCUUUAGUUCUUCAAAAGGAGAUUGUGUACAGCCUGGUCGAGUUCAAAUGCAAAAUGAUUAUUCUUCGAAAGCAUGUGAUGUUUUGGAGGCUAGGCCUUCAAAGGUCCGGAAAAAGUUGUUUGAUCUUCACCUUCCUGCCGAUGAUUACUUAGAUACAGAAGAAGGUGGGCAGUUGCGAGAUAAUGCAGGAUCUUUACAUCCUUGUUAUCCUGCUAAUGGAGAUUAUGUAGUUACUCAAGAGAGUGGAACAAAAUUGUUUCUUGGUGGUGGUGCAAAGGGUGAUAGCCGAAAAGAUGCUUCAACAUCCAAUUCGUGUUUGAGAAGCUCAAUUGGGUUGGCUGACCUAAAUGAACCAGCGCAGCUUGAUGAAGCAACCGAUCCUGUUGAAUUUCUUGGUUAUGGUAAUAAUCAUAAAGAGACUAGAAGCAUAAAUCCUUCUGCAAAAUCAAAUUCACCGUUUGUGGCUUUGCCUUGGAAUUCCAGUUGUGCAAGUCCAAAUGAGUCUUUAAGUAACCUAUACGAUCGCAGUAGAGGCAAAGAGAGGGAGUGGUUGACUUCGGUACAUGAAACAGGUAACAUCAAAGGUAGCUCAGCUUCAUUACCAAGAGGUCUUGAAGAAGACAAGAGAGCUGCAGCUUCCCAUCAAGCACCAGUUAUGAUUAACAAAGCCUAUCAAGCUCCAAGCCCUCAUAUAGUUCACCAUAUUAAGGAUGGUAUUUGGAAAGAUAGAACAGGACAUAGUUUAGAUAUGUCUCACAGAAAUGGUGAGCAGUCUAAUUAUACUCAAGUGGGACCAUUUGUUACUUCCAAGAUGGCUAGUCCAUAUCCAUAUGCAAGUUCCUCUGAAUUUAGCAGUUCGUGGCCGCACUCUGUCUCUUCUUGGGAGAAGCCAAAUGGUAGCUUUACUCAGAGGUUAUCCUCGUUGCACACAAACUCAGUUUUCAACUCAUCUGCAGCAGUUGGUAAGGGUUCACAGUCAUCUCAGAGCCAAAUUGGAGACUAUUGGCAUGCUAAUGGUGGCAGUUUUAGGUUGCGUCCUGGAUGUGCCGGUGAGAUACCCAUCAGGAGUGGUUUCUACCAUGGGUCCUCAUCUGGGACGAAAGAAUCACCAAUUCACAUCCCUUCAGGUGGUUUUGACUCUUUGAGCUACAUUAAGGGGGGCCGUUUUACAUCUGAACGUUCCUCUAAUAAUGCAUGUGAGAAUUUUCUUAUUAGCUCUAACAAUAUGGAUGUGAAAUCUGCAAAAGGCUUCAACUUAAAUGUUCUAGCAACGAGUGCACUCAGCGAGGAACCUCCCAGGCGAGAUGUUGAGUAUGGUAAUGAAAAAAGAGAGCAUCAAGACCCUGUGACAGUGUUGCCAUGGCUUAAAGGUAAAGCAAAUGGUAACAAUGAGGGCAUCAAUGCUAGGUUAGGUGGAACUUCAGCAAAUUCUGGCUUUGUCCAGGCUUACUCAAACCCUCCUUUUUGCCAGAGUGAUUCAUCAGCUUUUGAACAUCACCGUAUGAAGACCACAAAAGAAGUGGGCGAGACGGGACAUGUAAGAAAAAUACUUGGUGUUCCAAUCCUCGAUAUUCCUGUUAGUUCCAAAAAUGAGUCGUCAUCAUCACUUGUUUUUCCUUCUGCUAAUCUUCGUUCUUCUCCUGAGAGAAAGACUAUCAAACAAGAGAGGAGGAGUAUGGUGAUCGACAUUAACGUGGCUUGUGACCUUUCUAUGCUUGAGCCCGAGGAACCUGUUGUUGUAGAACAAAUUGCUACUAAGAAAGUGAUGGAGACAAAAGCUAUGAACAUCAGGAAUCACUUUGAUUUGAACUCAUGUAUUACCGAGGAUGAAGAAGAACCAGUUUCUGCUGUAACCGGCAAGGCCAGUGCGAAAACUAUUCUGGAUAUAGAUCUCGAAGCCCCUGUACUUUUGGACAUUGAACAAGAUGAUUUGCCUGGAGAAGACGAUGGGAAGAAACGCGAGGCAUCUUUGCAGCGCACACAGGAGGAACUACUCAAGACUGCAGCAGAAGCAAUAGUUGCCAUCUCAUCAUUCACUCAUUGCACUGCAAUAGAGGAAACACAAAGUGAUCCGUCUGAUGAUCCUCUGGAAUCUCUUCGAUGGUUUGUUGACGUGGUCUCUUCUUGUGCAGCGGAGCUUGAUAGUACUCCAUCUGCUAAAGAAAUUACAGGCAAGAACAACAACAUGAUGGUUGCUCAUAGUACUUUUAAGGAUUUAGAUUACUUUGAAGCUAUGACAUUGCAACUAGAAGAGACCAAGGAGGAAGAUUACAUGCCCAAGCCAUUUGUUCCUGAAGUCCAAACAAUGGAAGAUGCAGGAGCAGCCAGUUCACUACCAAAUCGACCACGAAGAGGGAAUCCAAGGAGGGGAAGACAACGGAGGGACUUCCAAAGGGAUGUCCUUCCCGGUCUAGCUUCAUUGUCAAGGCAUGAGGUGACUGAAGACAUUCAGAUAUUCGGAGGGUUGAUGAGAGCAACAGGCCAUGCUUGGAACUCCAGUUUGACAAGAAGGAACGGGACAAGAAAUGGAGGUGCAAGGGGAAGGAGGAAAAAAGUCGUGUACACCAGUACCCCGGUAUUGACCACAACUACAACAAGCUCUCCACUAAUUUACCAACUUAACAACAUUGAAGCCAGUUUGGAAGAUAACAAAAGCUUAACAGGGUGGGGAAAGACACCUAGACGCCCUCGGAGACAAAGAUGCCCUGCAGGCAAUCCUCCUCCUGUCCUGUUAACUUGAAAACACAGGGCAAAUAACUCUGUAAUUUCAUCCAUUCAACAUUUAUAGAGAUGACAUUAACCGAUUAGCGUUCAUUUUAUGAAUUUCAGGAGUGAAUUUUUUAGCUACAUGGAGAUUGUCAUUGUACAUGGUUUUGUGUUUUGCAGGAAUUGUUUCUGAGAAUGAAAUGAUGGAAAAUCCUCAGGCAUCUAUUAUAUCCCUCA